ACAUAGCAGGCCGUUUUGUUUAUCCAUCAAAAUAAUAAUAUAUACAGCUCAGAGCUACACAAUAACUUGAUUUGAGAACACACAAAACACACAACUAACAAAUUAUAAACUAAAUACUGACUUUCAAUAUAAAAUUAUAUUAGUACAGGGAAAAGAAAAAGGGGAAUUAGAAGCGUUAGAAAAAUCAAGCUCUUCAAAAUGCAUUAGAUAUAUAAACAAGUAACAAGGAAUUCUAACAAUCGGAUACAUAUUACAUAGAACUUUUAACUAAAGCAUAAAUCCAAGCUGUAAAGCCACAAAAACUUUAAAGAAUUGGCAAGAUAUAACCCCAAAAUGGAUAAAACCGCCGAGCGAAAGGCCCGACUGGAGGGUGUGGAAAGAGUGCUAAAAUUAUCUCAGGAACGUAUUAAGAUUGCUAUGAUUAUACCCAAGCUUCUGGAGAAUGCCGAAAACCUGAAGAGCGUAUUCACAAACACCUGCUAUGAGGAAAUUUUGGGACCGAUCGAGAAGAUGAUCCAUCAUCUGGGCACUCAAACUGGACGCUCCAAGCUGCCCCAUGAUCACACCACCAUGCGCAUUGUGGACUUUUUUCUGGUCAACUAUCAAAUCUAUCGAUUCUUUCCACGUUUGAUGAGAAAUCUGGAGGAUCGAGAUCGGCAAGUAUUGGCCGCCUUUCACUUCCUCGUUGAGAGUGCCCAUGUCCACCUGAAUCGAUCUUCGAGGAGUGAGAUCACCAAGGAGCGCAAGCUGCAUGCCAUCUAUCAUCAGAAUGUGGAUAUACAGAAGAAGAUUCUGGAUAUAAAGGCCAGUUUGGCAUUUCAAAAGGUUGUUGGCAAGUGGAAGACGGCUGCCAAGGGUAUAUACCUGAUGAAGGUGGAAGAUGAUCUGGCCAACAAGAAGUGGCAAAAUAAUGUGGCCAUUCAAAAUGAGAUUGAAAAAUGUAAUCGUACUAUGCGCUUAUACCACAAGGGCAGCAUGGACAGACAGAAGGAACUGGAGGAGGAGCUGAAUGCUGCCAGGGAAGCCUACGAAGCGAUGACCAAGAAAAACCUUCAAGAGGAGCAAGACUUGAGGAGUGAAAAAAACAAACUGCUCCUGCAACUAGAAAGUCUUCUCAAGAAAUACGACUCAAGUCUGGGUGAGAAGAUGCGCGCGAAUAUUGCCAUGGAGGAUCAGUAUCUGCUGGCCAAGAAGGUGCUCGAUGACUUUAUGAUCCAGUUCCGGCAUGAGGAGCGUAUCUACAGGAACAUUGUAGUGAGGCGGGAGGAGGAGGAGCGUCGUAUUCAGCAGGAGAAGCUAGUGGUCUUCAUGAUGAACCGAGCGGCGACCAUGAUUCAGAAAUAUUGGCGCAAAUGGAAGAAGGAUCAGCGCAAGAGGAAUCGACGUGCCGCCAAGGGCAAGGGCAAAAAGGGAAAGUAAUAUUAAUUAUAAACAAUAAUUAAUAGUACAUUAUUACAGUUAAUAUUCAUAAUUGAUCUUACAUCUUUAAUGUACUAUUCAUAUACCAAAAAUAA